AUGUUAAUAAACGGCCACAAAUACUCCUGCGAAGCCUGCAUCCGCGGCCACCGCGUGACAACCUGCAAACACCACGACCGCCCCCUGACAAAAAUAAAUCGCAAAGGCCGCCCAUUUUCAACAUGCGGCAUCUGCCACCGCACCCCCUGCGCGGUCCCCGAUGAACACGCCAGACUGAGGAGGGAGGUUGAGAGUAAAUCGCAUCAUCAUAAGAAACCGAAUGGGAGGUAUGCGAGGCCGUUUCAGGGGUUUUUGCCGAUUGCCCCGAGGCCGAUGGGUGUGAAGUCGGGGUUGUCAAUUGCGAUGCAGACGCAGUCUGCUCCGGUUUCUGUUGCUGGGAGGAGUCCUGAGGGACGGUCGUUGGAUGUGCAUGCCGAGCCGGAGUCGAAAUUUACGAUUGGAACUAGCGGAUCGCAGACGAUGCCGACGACGAUAUCUGGAGUUGAUAUUCCCUCUGCGUCGGUGCCGAGCCUGAGUGGAUCGCUUCCGUCGACUUCUUCGAUAGCAUCGAGUGCUUCGUCGAGUGCUUCAUCAUCGGAUCUCCUGCCAAUGCCACCGUUAGACCUUCCUCUUGAUUUGGAAUUAGAAUUGCCGUUACCCAUUCUGGAGAGUAAUUGGGAUAAUCUGGAUACGGGCGGGAAGAACACUGAUAAUGGGUUGGGUAUGUGGCCGCUGGAUCAGAGCGGGUUCUGCGGUCUGGAUGAUAUGUCUGCUUUUCCUGGACAGAAUACGCAGUUCUGGGUUGGAGAACUAUAA